GGGGGAUGCUGUGGAACUACCUCCAGACGUGAGAUACGACGCCGCUUGUGAACUCAAGUAGCCCGUCCGAAUGGGUCCUCCACGUAGCCUACUUGUUGAUCUUUUUACAUCGGACUAACAUUUUUUUAUUCGCCCUGGGAACACGGUGGCUCGCACAUCAGUCGCUUGUCGGAUCUCGUUGUCAUGUCGGAGGCAGAGGAGGGUUCCACCGAUGCAACGUUUGAAAGGGAAAGGGUCCAAUCCCGGGAAUAAUAAAACCAAUAACCGCUCCUCCUUUGCAAUAGUUCGGCAUCGUUUUGGCUGCCUCAGGAAUAUUCUUUUUCCAGGAACGAGACGGUAAUGGAAGAGCAGGCAUCAUGUUGUCCAUAGCCAGGGAGAUGCUCCUCCGCCCCCCCUCCCGUCCGACUUCAUGAUGGACAAGCCCCCCACGGAGCUCCACCACCACCACGCGGCCUCGCGCUCCACCGCCUCCCUCCCCCCUGACCCGGUGGACCUCAGCCAGACCAAGGGCGGCUUCCGCCGGGUGCGGCUCAACGUGGGGGGCCUCCCGCACGAGGUGCUGUGGCGGACCCUGGACCGGCUGCCCCGCACGCGGCUGGGCAAGCUGCGGGACUGCGACGGCCACGACUCCCUGAUGGAGGUGUGCGACGACUACAGCCUGGACGAGAACGAGUACUUCUUCGACCGCCACCCGGGCGCCUUCACCUCCAUCCUCAACUUCUACCGCACGGGCAAGCUCCACAUGAUGGAGGAGAUGUGCGCGCUGUCCUUCAGCCAGGAGCUGGACUACUGCGUCGACGAGAUCUACCUGGAGUCCUGCUGCCAGGCGCGCUACCACCAGAAGAAGGAGCAGAUGAACGAGGAGCUGAAGCGCGAGGCGGACAACCUGAAGGUGCGGGAGGGGGAGGAGUUUGACAACACCUGCUGCGCGGAGAAGAGGAAGAAGCUCUGGGACCUGCUGGAGAAGCCCGGCUCGUCCAUCGCAGCCAAGAUCCUGGCCAUCAUAUCCAUCCUCUUCAUCGUCCUGUCCACCAUCGCCUUGUCUCUGAACACCCUCCCGGAGCUCCAGGACACCGAUGAGUUCGGCCAAUCCACUGACAACCCCCAGCUGGCCCACGUGGAGGCGGUGUGCAUCGCCUGGUUCACCAUGGAGUACCUGCUCCGCUUCCUCUCCUCCCCCAACAAGUGGAAGUUUUUCAAGGGCCCGCUGAACGUCAUCGACCUGCUGGCCAUCCUGCCCUACUACGUCACCAUAUUCCUGACCGAGUCCAACAAGAGCGUGCUGCAGUUCCAGAAUGUCCGGCGGGUGGUGCAGAUCUUCCGCAUCAUGCGGAUCCUGCGCAUCCUGAAGCUGGCCCGGCACUCCACUGGCCUGCAGUCUCUGGGCUUCACCCUGAGGAGGAGCUACAACGAGCUGGGUCUGCUCAUCCUCUUCCUGGCCAUGGGCAUCAUGAUCUUCUCCAGUCUCGUCUUCUUCGCCGAGAAGGAUGAGGACGACACCAAGUUCAAAAGCAUUCCGGCGUCUUUCUGGUGGGCCACCAUCACUAUGACCACCGUGGGUUACGGAGACAUCUACCCCAAAACUCUCCUGGGGAAGAUAGUGGGGGGUCUGUGUUGUAUAGCAGGAGUACUGGUGAUAGCCCUGCCCAUUCCUAUCAUUGUAAAUAACUUCUCAGAGUUUUAUAAGGAACAGAAAAGACAGGAGAAGGCUGUGAAACGAAGGGAGGCUCUGGAGAGGGCCAAGAGAAACGGCAGCAUUGUCUCCAUGAACAUGAAAGAGGCUUUUGCACGAAGUGCAGAGCUGAUGGAUGUGGUGGUGGAGAAGAGCGAGCGACCGCAGCAAAACCACCUGUCCCCCAGCCGCUGGAAAUGGACUCCCAAGAGGGCUGGCUCGGAGACCAGCUCCAAUCACUCUUUAAAUGCCAAGGAGCUAGGCUCUCCGAGCAAAGAUGGAACCGCCAGUCCUCAGAGGCUUAAUGCCCAGAAGCUGGAGGAGAUGUACAACCAGAUGGCCAUGACGCAAUCCCAGCCAAAUCUCAAUGCAAAAGACAAAAGCUCCCGAGUUGGCAAACACAGGGAUGAAAUAGAGCUGGGAGCUAUCCCAGACCAGGGCCAGCCCAUGAUGGGCACGAGGGAGGCGGCGGGAGACAUGAAGAGCUUGUCGAGCAUUGAUAGCUACAUCAGUUGCGCCACAGACUUCCAGGAGAACACCCGGUUCCCCCAUAGUCCAGCUGUGGGCCUUGGCCUCCAAGACAGCAGCAGGCGUUUCUCCCACAGUCCUGCCAGCGUCCUGGGUGGUGGACGCGCCAGUGCCAAGACAGUCCUGCAGCCCCCCCUGGAGCACGAGCCUGUGUUCACGCCCAUAUCCGGUACUCUCUUCCCCGAAAAGACACCGAAAUUCUUCUUCUCCAGCAACUUUUCCAAAAACCGCACCCCUAAAGGCAGUUGCCGUAGUGACGGGGACAGCGGCCCCUCCCCCAUGUCCGACAGCUCAGUCCUCUCCGACCACUCACUGUUGACCUCCGGGGCGUCCGUCUACACCACGGCCAGCAGCAGGACCCCGCCCAAGUCCCCGGAGAGCACCACGCUGACGCAGGCCGUGUUCACCUUCCACGACUCGUCCAUCAGCAAGUACAUCGACGCCGACACGGACGACGACGAGCACCUGCGGGACAUCUCCGACGCCAACCCCUCCGAGCGCCUCCUGGCGGGCUCCAGCCCCAAGUGCCGCCUCAACAGCACCUACCAGAGGGGCACCAACCACCUAGAAACGGCCCAGAAAAUGCUGGGCCAUAACUGUCUGUUCCCCCUCGAGGGGAUUCGGAAGGGGAUCCACGAGAACCACGUGGUGCCCGAGGCGACGCGCAAAGUCAAAGUAGGGAGGGGAACGCCGAACAAAUUGAACGAGAGUCUCUGAGAGCAAGGGCAGGGAGCGAGAGCACGACCAGCACAACUAGGGGGGUAAAAUAAGUGUAGCACGCAAACAUGAGAGUGUCAUGGUGGACCAUUCCGGAGGGACACAAAAACACUCUGGAUGAACAACAGAUAACAGAACAUAGGCCGGGAGGGAGAGC